CUUAUCGUGAAUUUUAUUUUGGUUUUUGGAAACUUCAGGGUUACAUUACUUCUACUUCACUUCUUUGCUUAGUUGCUACUUGGUUAAGUACAUAAAGCUGAGGAGAGGAGGAGACUUGGUUUGAAGAAUUGUUCUGAGCGCAUCUUGGAUACGCCGACUUCAGCGCGCGACCGAUCAUGGAUUCUACAUCCACCAACCCUGGUGGCCACCCAAACCAAACCACCACUCCCCAACAAGACCAACAACCGUCAAUGCCCUCUGCAGAUCUCACCUCCAUCCCCGGCCUAGGAGCCAUUCCCGGCCUCGGCUCCGCACCUCCUCCAUCCGCUCCAGCGCAGACGACCGAGUCUAAAAACCCCGCGCCACCUACUGGCGCCCCCAUAACCACUUCGAACGAAGUGAAGACAGAGACACGCGAUGAAGGACCCUCCGUCACAAACGCCCUAGAAGCAAUGCUAGGUGGUCUCUCCCCCGAGGCGUCCACAGGACCUAUGACGACAGAUACCCCCCUCCAAUCCGGUACCGCCACAGAAGCGCCAGAAGAUAUAAAGAUGGAAGAUACUAAGAUGGAAGAUUCACACACCAACACCCCCCUCGCCCAAAUCGCAGAGGGAGUGGUAACAGCCCCCGACGACGCAGCGAUGAUGGAUUGCAUCCCCCCCACCACCACCACCACCACCACCGGUGAUGCCGUCGCCGAAGAACAAGAAGGCGGCGCAGCAGAAUUUGAAGCCGAUUCCUCCCCCUACGAAUCCUCCUCCUCAGAUUCCUCAGACUCCUCCUCCGAAGAAGACAGCGACGAAGAAGACGCCUACAACCUCCUCUCCCCCGCCGAACAAGCACGCAUCCUGAUGCUCGGCGACGGCGGCUCCGACGACGAAGGCGGUGGCGGUAAGGGUGGCAAGUCUAGCGGCAACCAGCUACGCACCAAGAACGAGGUCCCUGAGGAGGUGAUCCCCAAGCCUGACGUAGUGCUGGCGGCUGAUACGCCGGUGACGGAGUUGGGCACCGUGAUGUCGAUUGUGGAUACCAUGGUUCUCAUCGCUGCUACCACAUCUGGGGAGUUUAGGGUUCUGGAGUCGGGGUCGCUGUUGUGUCUCGAGGAUCGCAGCGUCAUCGGCGUAGUCGCCGAGACGCUCGGUAGAGUCCAAGAACCCCUCUACGUAGUCCGCUUCACCUCCCCCCCCGACAUCACCGCCGCCGGCCUCUCCAAGGGUAUAAAAAUCUACUACCCCGAGACCCACGCGACAUUCGUCUUCACAGCCGCCCUAAAAGCCUACAAGGGCUCCGACGCCUCCAACCUCCAUGACGAGGAAGUCGGCGACGAAGAAAUCGAAUUCUCAGAUGAUGAGAAGGAGAUGGAACAUAAACGCCGUGUUAAGGCUAAGAAACUGGAGAAACGCGGUCUUGGCCCUGGUGCUGCUGCUGCGGGUGGGGGGAGGGGAGGGAGGGGGGGGAGGGGGGAACACCCGCUUAGGAGGGAGGGAUUGGGUUAUGAUGAUGAGGAGGAGGGGCCGUAUAGGCCGCUUGCGAGACCGUCGGGUUUCGCAGCAGCUGGGAGGGGGGAGGCGCCGGAGGAGGCGCCGAGGGGGUAUGGGGCGCCUGGAGCUUCGAGGGGUGAGCGCGGGGGGAGGGGAAGGGGCGGGGAUAGGGGACGGGGUGAUCGUGGGCGCGGCCGUGGCGGACGGGACGGCCAGGGACGCGAUGGACAGCAAGCACCGCGCUACCCCGCCGCCCCAGCCGACGCACCACAAGAUCCUCGAAAAACGGGAGGAGGGUUCGGGUUUAACCCCCAGCAGUUCCCACCGCAACCCUUCCCAUUCCAACAAUUUGGACAGCAGCAGCAGCCACAAAUACAGUCGGCAGGUCAACAACAAGGUUUCCCAACCCAUCAUCAGCAGCAGUUCCCGUACCCGUACGCAAUACCGCCGCAACAAUGGGGGGGUCCGCAGAUCCCAGGAGGAGCGUUUUUGAACCCAGCUUUCUUUGGACAGCAGCAGCAGGGUCAAGGACCACAGCAGCCACAGCAGCAACAGGGUCAACAACCACAGCAACCACAGCAGCAGCAACAACAACAGCAGGUACAACAGCAGGUACAGCAGCAGGGACAGCAGCAGUGGACACCACCACAGGGCAUGACACCCCCCAUGCCAGGGCAGUUUGGGGGAUGGACACCUCCACCGGCGCCGCAGCAGAUGGGCCAGCAGCAGACGGCCGAAGCGGCGAGGGCGGUGGCGGAGAUGCAGGAGAGGUUGAGGGUUUUGAGGGGGGGUGAACAGGGACAGUAGGGGGAGACAGUAGGGGGAGAC